CACGUCCGAUACCUGACACACACCUUUCACAAUCCAAGCCUGCUCUGGUACAGAGAGCGUGUUUUGUUUGUAACGUCGCCCCAACUAACAUGGCGAACAUUCAGCUAUAUAUCUUCCAAGGAAGCCCGCCAUGUCAUGCUGUCAUGUUGACCGCCAAGGCUCUUGGUGUACCUCUCGAGUUAAAACAACUCGACUUCAUGACCAAAGAACAGCUCAGCCCAGAGUUUACACAGAUAAACCCGGAUCAUACCGUCCCAACUAUUAUAGAUGGAGACUUCAUACUGUGGGAGAGUCGCGCCAUCAUGCGCUACCUGGUGGGGAAGUAUGGGGGUGAGGACAACAGCCUGUACCCCCGGGGCCUCCAGAAGAGGGCAGAGGUGGACCGACUCCUGGACUAUGAUCUGGGGGUCUUCUACAGAACCUUGUUGGAGAAUGUUUGGCGGCCAGCAAGAGACAGAACUGAGAAGACAAAAGAACAAGAGGAGCAGAUCGUCAAGGCUUUAGCGCGGAUUGAUACUCUGGUUAAGGAUAAGAAGUACCUCACCGGAAAUGACAUCACCAUUGCUGACUUUGCGAUGGUAGUUGGGUUUGCAAUCGAAUUUGUCUAUCGAGGGGAUAAGACAAAGUACCCUAAUGCCAUGACUUGGUACAAACGAAUGCAGGAAUUACCGUACUUCAAAGAAGUGAAUCAGUCAUUUUUUGACUUAGUGGAACAAUUUAAGAUUGGACAAGAUGAAAAGUCGUAAAACAUUGAAGAAACACCUGGCGUCAUAAUUAUCGCCCAUGUCUUGCGUUUGACGCCCAAUUUUUAUCUGUUUUUGGAGACUUGUUAUUCUCUGGCGUUGACGUUUUAUAUUUUGCAAAUCAACAGUAAUAUUCGGGGUACAUAUUGGAUGUCAAGCAAACGCGUCUCUUAGUAUAUAUUCCCUUUAUCUAAUCAGUAUAUAUUUCACAAACUUUCUGGAAAAAUAUUUUCAAGACGCCCAUAAAAAUACGCCUUUAUAUCAUACAUACACCUGUAAAAGGUUAAUUACAGCUUACUAUUAAACAUAAAAAAGGCAUUUAAAAAACAUAUUACUUUUAUUAAAAAUAACCCAAUGAUCAUAUUGAAAUACAGAAACCAAAAUGAAUUAUCUAAUGUAUAGUACACUGGUGCAUGGCAAUAGUCUUUUAUCGUUCCGAACCGCCUCCAUGGUCUAGUGGUAGAGCGUCCGCCCGGAGAACGAAAUGUCCGGGGUUCGAUACCAAAAGACAUUAGAUUAUAAAAGAUGGUACUUGUUGUAACCCUGACUGGCGCUCGCCAUUAAGGGGCUAAAACAACGACUGGUCGGCUCAGAAUCAGUAUUCUGUGUCUGAGUGGGGCAUUUAUGUUAUGGUAACACAGUAGGCUGGCACUUUAAAUCGGCACACACACACACACACACACACACACACACACACGCACGCACGCACGCACGCACGCACGCACGCACGCACACGCACACGCACACACACACAAUCACACACGACGUUAAACCCCAUUUCACUUCACCUCACCCUUAUCUUUCUGUCAUAUAAUAUUCGCGUUCAAGUGUUUUUUCAGGCGACCAUUUUACAUGUCUUUGCAUGUUUUUGUGACUAACAGUAAGGUUUAUGUGUAUCACGGAUAUUUAUCAUAAUGAUGUCAAUAUGUAUAUACAAUCAUUUCUUCAAUUUAUGAAACAAUAAAUGAUGACAACGACAUAGAUUAAAAGCUU